AUGCUCAAGCUGUCCCCAGCAAAAGAGAGUCACUCUGUGCACACCCCUGCCUGCUGUGAAUUCAGAGUCAGGCCCUGCUUCUCUGUCCCACCAGUGUAUGUGAAGCUUGGAAGCUUCAAGGGAUCCUUCUGCCAUCAGGGCUCUGCCUCAGCACACCUCUCUGUGUCUCUUCCAGCUCCUGUAGCAAGGAAGAAGCUGCCCCAGGUGGUGGCAGCUGUGCAGCUGGUGUGCAACGACCCCAGCGCCCAGGUGCGGAGGGCAGUUCUGGAGUUCAUCUGGGAAUUGCUCAGCUCCGGCUCCCAGAGCUGCUGGCCACGGGAUGUGGUGGGGCACAUCUUCAGCGAGUACAGCCGGAGCUCGGGCAGACUGGCGGCAGGAGGCCUUUUUGCCUGGGAGCCCCAGGAGGACAGAGCUCUUCAGUCCCUGUGCGUGGACAUCCUGGGCUCGCUGGAUGUCACUCGGAGAGGGAUGUCCCAGCUCCUGUGGCCCAGGCUGCUGCAGUACGUGGUGCCAGCCCAGUACAGCGGCGUGCUGAUCCCGCUGUCCCGCGGCCUGCGAGCCCUGCUGGAGAGACGGGAGAGAGCGGGAUGUGAGGAAGAGGAGGAGCCCGAUGCUGUGGACUUGCAGGAGCAAGGUAGGAGCCCCAGGGAGUGCUGCUGGGUUUGGAAGGGGCUCAGGCCAGUCUGUGUCUCCCUGGGCCCCAUGAACCCUGAGCAGGAGCCCAGGAAAAGCAAAGGGCAGAGUCAGGCUCUGGCUCCUGGGGAGCCGGGGGCUCCUUCCUGGCCGUGCUGGAUCUGCCUUCACCCCAUGCGGGGCAGCCUGGGGAGCCCCCGGGCCAGCACUGUGGCCGUGCAGCUGCUCUCAGCCCUGUGUGGGCCACAGGAGGUACGAGGGUCAGGCCACGGCGGGGCCUCUUCAUCUCACCAGCCUUUCCCCCUCCCCGCAGCCCGGCUGCCGGCUCCGCAGGCGCUGCUGGCUCGAACGCUGGUGAGUAGCGGGGCCCUGGGGAAAGAAAGAGCUUUUCUGGCAGCACUCCCGAGCCUGCCCGAGCCCCGCGGGGAUCCCAGUCCUGUCUCGGGGUGCUGGCGGCGGCUCCUCACACCACCAGCGGCCGCGCAGUCGCUGCCUUGCAGCUGCUGCAGGCCCUGCAGGGCUGGAUCUGCGGGGCCUUGGGGACAGCGUGGGCCACCGAGAUCCCCCUCCUGCUGCAGCACCUGGCAGGUAAAGUGUGGGUGGGAGGAGAGGCUGGAGAGGAGGGAGGGGCAGCUUCCCAGCAGUCACACAGUGGGGAUCAGCCACGGUCAGUGCGACCUUCCCCAUCAUGAAUGCAGUGGCUCUGACAAACACCCCUGGGCUCCCUCCUGUGUCUGUGGCCUUGCAAGGGCUUUGGCACAGGCGCUUGUGGGCCCUUUCCAGCCUGAUGGCCUGGGAUUUCUGGGAGGUCUGACCGCAGAGGAGACCACCGGGCUCUUCUUUGGUGUGAGCUUGAGCAGCAGCAGAGCUUUUGCUUCCUCUUGCUUUCUAGGAAGAGCCGAGAGCUCCCUGGACUCUGCAGAGUGGGAGCAGCAUGUGCUUAAGUUCUUGCGAGCAUCCCUGAAGCUCAUUGAGGAUGAGACCUGGAGCGUGGGCCUGAGCCAGCAGCUGAGCCGGCAGCUGGGCAGCUCUGCCCCCGGCUCCUGGCAGAAGCUUUUCCUCUACAAGGCUCUCGGGACAGCGCUGGCAGGUUGUCGGGACCUCAGCCACGUCCAAGGGCAGGUGCUGAGGUUCCUCCAGGACACAGACUCUGCGGAGCUCUCUGAGACCCAGGGGAUGAUUUCUGUGGUGUCCCAUGCUGCUGAGACCCACUUCAACCUGGUCUUGGACACAGUGACCGCUUUUACCAGAGACAGGUUUUAUGAGACUUCCACGGGCUGGAAGGCACAGCUGCCGCAGGGCACAGAGAGACCUCAGGCCACUCGUGCUGCUCUGAUGUGCGUGUACAGCGGCAUCGCUCUGCGUGCCCCCAGGGAGCAGCUGCUCGCCCGUGUGGAUAGGGAGAUCAUGGGCACCAUCCUGCAGCUCUCCAGAGUCACACAGAGGGAGAUGCAGCUCAAGCUCGCCCUGGUGCAGAGUGUCACUGAGGUCAGCUCUGCCAUCCAGACUGUGGGUGAUGCUGGCAGCUUUGAGCUGUCCUCGAAGCAGGAGGUGACACAGACCCUGCUGGACUGGAUCAAGGAGGAGCCUGCGGACUCCCUGGUGUACGGAGUGUUCCAGGCCCCGGAGGAGUUGAGGUGA